CGUUCUUCAAAAGAGGAAAACGAUCGGAAGUAGUAGAAAGGGAGCGAGUAGUAAACGGGCGAGUGCAGUGACUGACUUACAUCGGGAACGCCAACCUGCAAUCAAGGUUCAUGGUUUUCAUGGAGGAGAGCGAGCUCUCGAGCAAGCGGUGGGCUAGUGCGCCCCGCCGCCCGGACAGCCCCUGCGUCCUGGGGGCACCGACGUCUAGGGAGGCGGCGGGACCGCCGGUGCAGCUGGAACCAGUGGACCUGUCCGUGAAAACUCCCGUGGUGUUGCAGGUGCCUCGGUAUAAUCCAGCGGUGAUAAUUAGUGCCGCUGCAAGAAGAGUACCUUCACCAUCGACAACGCCUACACCACCGCCAGCAUCUCUUUACGUCUCUUCAACCGUGUCGCCAACGUUGCCAUCAUUGGGAGAAGCAGCAUGGGAAAGGGAACAGGAACGAGAUCGGGAAAGAGAGAGGACACGAGAGAGGGAACGCGAAAGAGGACGAGAUAGGACUGCCGAGAAUGAGAGGGAACGACAACAGGAACGGGAGAGUGCGAUCAGGGAGAGAGAAACGCGAGAUCGAGAGAGAGAACGAGAUCGCGAUCGUGAGAGACAAAGGGAAAGGGAAAGAGAAAGGGACGUAGCCGUUUGCGUUAUGGAACCACCCGACCCAGUAUUCGUAUCAUCCCCUGCAGCACUUCUCGCUUUGCAAAGGAUAAAGGAGGCAUCUCUUGUCUUUCACAAACGACCAACGCUGGCGAGUGGCAUCGGAUUGAGCGGUAGAGCUAAUGCCAGCGUGGGUGGAAACGGAGCUAGUUUAGGGGUCGACAGUGAGUGCGGCGACGCGUUGAAAAGGCGCAAGGUUCACAGAUGUGACGUAGCAGGCUGUGACAAGGUCUACACUAAAAGUUCCCACCUGAAGGCACACAAGAGAACUCACACCGGAGAAAAACCGUAUCAAUGCACAUGGGAAGGUUGCACGUGGAAGUUUGCACGUUCGGACGAGCUUACGAGACAUUAUCGCAAACACACCGGCCAAAAACCGUUCAAGUGCCAUCUCUGUCAGCGAUCGUUUUCUCGGAGCGAUCAUCUCUCUCUACAUAUGAAGAGGCACUGAUAAGCUAACGUCCGAACACGACAAAGAUAGAUAUUACGAGAAGAAGAAUUAGAGAAAGAGAGAGAGAGAGAGAGAGAGAAAAGAACGGUGGAUAGCGGAAAGAAGAAAAGGAUGCUGUUGAACUCAAAUUCAUCGACGCAACCACCGAAAGAAAAAGAAAAAGAAAAAAAAAUCAAUAUUUAAAGACUACGACGACGGAAACGACGAUUUUUACAUCGGGACCUGAAGAGCUUAGGCACUAAUUUAGGAUAGUCGUCUCGUUAUGAACGACGAAGCCUGGCCGAAUGAAACUAGAGAAGAAAGUUGAAGAAUUUUUAGAUUGUUCGUUUAGACUUAGAGCUUUUUCUAUAUUUUUUUCUUUCCUUUUGGUUUUCUUUUCUUUCUCAUUUUGUUUAUUUUUUCUUCUCUCUCUCUCUCUCUCUCUCUCUCUCUCUCUCUCUCUCUCUCUCUCUCUCUCUCUCUCUCUCUCUCUAUCUAUCUAUCUAUCUAUCUAUCUAUCUAUCUCUCUGUCUCUAUCGCCUUUCAAUACGACGAUUAUCUCACGCGAUGAUUAUCAUACUUCUCGACAUACUUUUCUUUUUUUUUCUUCUUUUUCCCUUCCAACUCCGACAUUAAAAAUAUUUUCCCAUUCGAUUUUUGUUUCUCUCGCCAAUCAAAUUCCUACGUAGUUACAUAUUGCACAUCGCUUUUCAAUUUUAUCCGUAUCAAUUCGGCCUUUUAUUUUUUCUUCUUUUCUAUUUUUUUCGUUCCUUUUCGAAAUCUCCUACGUUCUCGUUUCUCGAGAUACUGUCGUCGUAAACUCACGACGAGUAGAACGAGUCAAAGUUAUGCUGAUAUUAAAUUAUAUUGACGUAGGUUAAAGAAACAAAAAAGAAAAGAAGAAGGAAAAAAAACAGAAAAUAGAAAAAGAUGAGAAAAGAGAAAAGCGAAAAUGAAAUGAAGUUGUUCGCAAUGUUUAAAGAGAAAAAUUUGCAAAAAAAUAUCAUCGAUAGGCUAUUAAUUAUAAUACAUAACAUCGAUCAUUAUGCACAAAGAAUUUCGCGUUUAGAAACGGACAAUCAUUUGCGUUUCGUUGAACGAAAGAUUAGAAGACAUUCUAAAAGGUCAGUAUUAUAAGUGCAUUAAGCAAUAUCGUCGUGGCAUUAAAUCAAUGCUUCUUCGUAUAUAUACAAUACAUAUACAUAUACAUAUAUAUAUAUAUAUAUAUAUAUAUAUAUAUAUAUAUUACACAUGCACACACACAUACACAUAUAUAUAUAUAUUUUUUUUUAGUCGUACGCUCUUCGAUCGUUCGAAAGGAUUUUUUUUCUUUUUUUUUUUUUAAACAACAAAGAGCAAGGACGACGUAGGCGUUAAUUCGUCGAACGAAUAAUUUUUAAUAGCCUCACGUCAAGGUGCCAAAUAUAUAUACAUAUAUAUAUAUAUAUAUAUAUAUAUAUAUAUAUAUAUAUAUAUAUACAU